AUGACAACUAUAGUAAAGUUGGACAAUGCCUUGCCGCAGGUGCUGAUCACUAAGCUGAGGUCGGCGAACAACGCAGAGACGGAGCAAUACAGGAAGGGCUGCAAGGCACUCCUAGUCCUCAUCCCCCUGCUAGGCAUCACCUACAUCCUCUUCAUCGCCGGCCCCCAGUCAGCCGUCUACAGCAACAUCAGGGCCCUACUCUUGUCAACACAGGGACUGUCGGUGGGCCUGCUGUACUGCUUCCUGAACACGGAGGUGCAGAACACCCUGAGGCACCGGUGGCUGCGGUGGAGGGAGGAGCGCUCAUUGGCCACCAGGGCCUAUGCCAAGGAUAUGUCCCCCAACACCAGGACAGAGAGUAUCAGGUUAUACAGCAGACAUGAAAUUGUGCCAUAUAGGAAGCGGGAGUCGACAGGAAGUGAGUCCACUACGAUGACACUAGUUCACUCAUCCAGAUUUUCUAAUGGUCCGAGGUCUCCCUUCCUUCAACCACCUUCAGAACCAGUCUGA